AUGCAGAUCGCCCACGCCUGCCUCGUCGAUGAAAACACUCAGUUGAACCAUCGCUGCCGGGACGAGGAGGCCCGCUUGUGCCAUUUUCGAGCAGCGAUCCAAAAACUACAGAAAGGUGUGAUUGACGUGGUUGAAAAGUGGGAGAAUUUCCAGAUGACGGAGGCUCCGGCAGCGGGCGGUGCGGACGAACCGACGCAGGAGAAGGAGGAUGUGGCAGUCAUUGUGUCCGCGGUGCCUGCCCAAGAGGACCAAGGCACCAGCGCUCCACAAUAG